UAUCGCUAAUGCUGUCAGUUAACUCAGUGUCGCAACUGUCACUUAUGUUUCAUUUUGAUUUUAGUUAGUAAUGAUAUACACUUAUUAACUCAUUUUAAUUACAAUUUAAUUUGAAUCAAACGUUUAAAAAUCUGAGUGAGUUUCUUAGACAUUGUUUGUCCUCGUUUAACCGUUUUUCCGUCAGUAAUAGUGACUCAACAGGUGCAAUAUGACAGGAAGAUUAGCAGGGCAGACUAUAAACGAUAGACUUUUGGCCGCAAAACAUAGCUUAUCUGGUUCAGGUAUAGCAAAAUCAGUAUGCAAAGCAACGACAGAAGAAAUGAUUGGACCAAAAAAGAAGCAUUUAGAUUAUUUAGUUCAUUGCACAAACGAACCGAACGUGUCAAUACCACAAUUAGCAAAUUUGUUGAUAGAAAGAUCACAAAAUGCGAACUGGAUAGUAGUAUACAAAGCAUUAGUUACAGUUCACCACAUGAUGUGUUAUGGAAAUGAAAGAUUCACACAAUAUUUAGCAUCUAGUAACAGCACAUUCCAAUUGAGUAAUUUCUUAGACAAAGGCGGCGUUCAAGGUUAUGAUAUGUCCCCGUUUAUAAGAAAAUAUUCAAGAUAUCUGAACGAAAAGGCACUAGCAUACAGAACGAUUGCUUUUGAUUUUUGUAAAAUAAAAAGGGGAAAAGAUGAUGGUAUGUUGAGAACUAUGAAUGCAGAUAAAUUAUUAAAAACACUUCCAACAUUACAAAAUCAACUGGAUGUUUUAUUGGAGUUUGAUUGUUCUGCAAACGAUUUAACAAAUGGUGUCAUUAACAUGAGCUUCAUGUUGCUUUUUAAGGAUUUAAUUCGUUUAUUUGCCUGUUAUAAUGAUGGAAUUAUCAAUUUAUUAGAAAAAUUCUUUGAUAUGAAUAAGAAACAGUGUAAAGAAGCUCUAGAUAUUUACAAGCGGUUUUUAAUUCGAAUGGAUAGAGUAGCAGAAUUUUUAAAAGUAGCCGAGAACGUGGGGAUAGAUAAAGGAGAUAUACCAGAUUUAACAAAAGCCCCGAGCAGUCUCUUGGAUGCUUUGGAACAACAUUUGAAUUAUAUGGAAGGAAAAAAAACAUCAGGUUCCAGUCAAGCAAGUAACGCCAGUAACCAGAAAAACGUGAAAUCGGGAGUAACUGCAUUGUCUUCAACAAGUAAUGCUUUCGGUAAUGUGGCAAAUUCUAAAUUUGGCUCAGCGAAUGGUAUAGACGAACAAUUAAAAUUACAACUACUGGCCGAAGAGGAAGCAGCCAUGAAUCAAUUUAAGACUAAGGUGUCACCGACAGCAGCUAACAAUCCGUUCUUGAACAAAUCUCCUAUGUCAUCUACGUCUAAGACAAGUUCUUCUUCGUCUCAGUUCACUAGUACUCCAACAUUUGAUCUAUUCACUGAGGAACCUGCUUCAGUUAAUUCUAAAGCUUCAGAUGAUCUACUGCAACUUUCUAAUCCCUUCUCAGAUGCUUUCGCACAACCAAUACCACAAAAUUUGAAUGCAUUCUUACCGCCACAACAGAAUAACCUUUGGUUGACCAAUGGAAAUGGAUUUGCUGUAAUGAAUCCGGGACCUAGUUCAACAUUAUCGUCUACUGGUUCAUUCGUAUCAGAAAAUAAUUUUGCUUCAGUAUUUGGAAAUACAGAAUCUAAAGGAACCAACUUUGAUGCCCUAGGUGGUGUGCUCCAACCAUCUAAUUUAGACGGAAAACAGAGUUCAAACAGUACAUCCAACAAUACCGAAAAUAAUAAUCAACCAACGUCUUCGAAUGGAUUACUUACUGGUGAUUUGGAAUCAAGUUUAGCAUCUCUUGCUGAAAAUCUUUCUAUUAACAGCAGAACGACCCCAAAAGGAGUUCAAUGGAAUUCUCCUAAAAUCGGUUCUAAAACCAGUUGGACUCCUCAACCCAUAUCAGAUACUACAGGAGCAGGUUAUAAACCUAUGAAUCAAGCCAUGUCUUCAUCGCCAUUUAAUAAUGCCACAGUUUCGUCACCGCAACCACAGAUGUACCUUCAGCACCCUCAAAUGAUGAGUAUGCGUCCUAUACAAACGAUGCCACAAUUGAAUCCUGCGAUGAGUCAAAUGGGACCACAGUCUCUCCUAUUUCAUUGAUCAUUACAAUAUCUCAUCCACAUCCGUCUAUAAAUAAGAAAUUCCCAGAUGUAUAAAAUUAUUUUUGUUAAAUAUAAUGAAUAUCAAUUAAUAUAUUUAAUAAUAUUAAAAUAUAAUAAAUACAUUGGAUUAGGCUGAUGUUAAAGAGGAACAAGAAGUAAAAAUUAAGUUGGAAUUUCUGGUACCAUCGGUGAUAUUCAUUCUGAACACACUGUAAAUACACUGUCUGGUCCUUCGAGCCUACUGAAAGGUUCGAGGAAUCAAACAGCGUAAUUAUUGUGAUAAUUGAUAGUAUAUAGUGUGUUUAGUAAUAAGUAAAGAAGAAAAUCACAUUUUUGAGAUUUGUUAUUGUUGAAAUACUUUGAAUAUAUUUAUAUUGUCUGCCAUAAAGUUUAACAACUUUAAAAAACAAGGGUGAUCACUGCAAAUUUAUUAUAAUCGACUGUAAAAUGCUAGAAGUCUAACCUAACCUAGAUUUUAUGACGUUAUGGGUAGAUGUGAGAGAAAUCUUUCACAAAUGGUAUCCCGAUAUCAUCAUGCAGUGUUUGGUCUAUACAUAUACCAAGGAGCAUAGCUGAUUACUUCUCUUGUGGUCUUCUAUUAUGGUUGGGCUCUAUUAGUGCUUAUAGAAAAACAUUUGGGUGAUUUUCUAUUCUUUUAUGGUGUUUUAGACUUCGAAUGUUGACGACAUGUUUCACAAAUUGUAUCGUGCAUUGUUUAGAAUUUUCUAUUGGCUUCUUGAUACUACAGCUACAAUUGAUUUGCUUGCUCAUCCCUUUAUAUCUAUUUUGUGUAAAGUAAAAUCUUGUACAUCAACGUUAUGUAUGAAUUAGGAUAUUGAUAUGCGAAUUGAUAUCAAAUUAUUGUUUUUACACGAAAAAAUAUGUAUUUUAAAAAAAUUUUAUGGCAGAUAAAAUGAUUUGUUCACUUUACAGCCUUGUUAUUUACAGUGCAAUUAUAAUUAAAUUAGUUUUAAGAAAAAUGUUGGCACUAACUCACUAUUUUGUAUGUAUAUGUUGAUUUACACAGUGUGCAAAAAGUUGAUGUUGUAAUUGCACUUUUUUUAGGAUAAGAUUUAGUCUUUUUUUUCAGAUUAAAAUAAAUGAGGUAUCCCAAUCCAAAGCGGAAUAAUUUUUAUAAAGCAAAACUAUUAAAAUCAAAGAAAUGUUGAAAAAUCGUUAUACCCAUAUUAUAGUGUGUCUCAGAAUUAAUACAGUGAUCGAUGUUCGUUAUUUCGGUCCUCACUGUAUAUUUAUUUAUUUUUUUUUCAAAUUUGAAUUUUAAAUUCUUGUUUGUGUUAUCAUUUAUACAGGGUUAAUAUUUAUAUUUUUAAAGCAGAAGUUACAAAGUUUUCAAAUCGUCAUUGUUCUGGCAGAAGUUACUAAAUCCAAUGAAACACACAGUAGGACGGUUUUAAAGGUUUAGACAACAUUAGGCAGCGCUGUAGUUGAAUUAUUAGGCACUACCACAACUACAUGUAGGAGUGAGUAGUGAGUUUGUCAAUCUGUAGAUCAGUUAAUUUUAAAUUGAAUGGUUAGGUUAGGCCUAUAAAAUUACUGAAAACUGGAAUUUAGUGACUUUUGCCAAAACUUAGACGAAAUAAUAUAAGAUAAAAGUGUCUUUUUAUUUCAACUAUUUUGAAAUCUAAAAAAACUUGCCUUUUAUAUAAAUAUUGAACUCAAAUUUUAAUAUGUCAAUUCCCUGUUUCUCAAUCAAUUACUUUUGCCAUAAUUGUGUGCCAAAAAUUCCAUUUUUACAUCCAAUUUUAAAAUUUUCGUGCAGCUAGUUCAUUUUGAAAAUAUUAUGGUACUUCCUUUUGAAUCUGGCACAUUUUAAUACCGAAUUAAUGUAAUAGACAAUCAGUAAAUUGAAAAACAGUUAAAUUAUCUUUUUUAUGACAAAUAUCGGAAUCAUAAUAUAAAAUAAAAUUAAGAAAAAAAAUAAGUGUAUCACAAUAAACACUAUAUUAUUGAAUAAAUGAUUAAAUAAUGGAAAUAUUGUUAAUAAAAAUGUUGAAAUCGGAACCAGUUACAAGUAAGAUGUAAAACACUCGACGUCAGCAGAAAAUGAACCAAAUUAAAAUGUCGAGUUGUCCUAAAUUGUCACUUUUCUCCUUCUAAGAUUCUAAUUUUCAAUUCCCAGCAACUCGGUUAUAUGUUUGUGAGGUAUAUGAUAUUGCUUCUUAUUGUCUCUUUUUCUAAAAUUUUCAAUUCCUCCUUUGACUUUCCAUUUCUUGUACCGUUAGGUUUUCUAACUAAAAUUCUUUUGAGUUUUUCGAGUGUUUCUAAUGAAAGUGUUAAAGUUAGACCAGCAAAAUGACACAUAUCUCGAAGGGAAAUAUGAAUAAUACCAUAAAAUGCCAGAAUUAUAAAGAAAAAUUGAAAGUUGAAAGCAAAGAAACUGUCAAAACUAUAUUAUCAAAUAAACAAGAGAAAGGUCGAUAUGUUCUCGAAACUGGACCACUUAGAAGUAUCCAAAGCUCUAAUAAUAACUUAUCGAGCCUUCGUUGUUAUCACCCCUUUUUAUCCUUAUACAGCAAUAUGCUACUUUCAGGAUCUCAUUUAUCUAUCUGCUGGUUGGAAUUUACUACAGUUUACAUACAAUUCUUGUCUCGAUGAUAUAUUAAUUGCUUUGAAGCAUUCCAGUUAGGUUAUUCUAGAAAUAAAUCUGCUAAUGUCAAGGUAUUUGAAUAAUGCACAUUGUAACUUUCCAUUUUUUCUGCCCCAAGACUCUGUAAGUAAAAUUUUAUUAGUCUUUCUAUAGGCAAUGGCCAGAGACAAGAAGAAAAUGGAGCUACUUAAAAUAUAAAGCCUUCCUAAGUUGUUAUUAAUUCUUUUACUACUCAGAUUUCAAUAUGUAACUUGAAGUAACUCAUCUAUUGAUCUGCCGGAUGAUAUCUACUCAGGUUUAUAUACAAUUCUUGUCUCGAUGGGCUAUUACUUGCAUUGAAGCAAUCCAGUUAGGUUACUCUAAAAAUAAAUUUGAAAAUUGUCUCUUUAGUCAAACCUUAACAUGAUCAUUGAAUAAUACAUUUUGUAAUCUUCCAUUUUGUCUGCUAUAAGGCUUUGUAAGUAAUAUAUCCUACAUUGAUCUUUUUAGAGUUAGUAUGUUUCUACUAAAAGUGUUCAAAUUAGAGUAGCGAAGUGAUGAGUAAUAAAUAAAAUAUUGCCUAAAUUCAUCUUUCAACUUUGUUCCCUCUUUUUUUCCGCUGCUUUUACAUCCCAUCCGAGGCUCUGAGAAUAACCUUAGAACGUUUGCGAAUAUUCUAAAAGUGGUUAUCAAUAAUCUUUUUCUCAUAUUUCAAUAUGUUAUUUUAAGUAUCUCAUUAUCUGUUGGAUGGGAUCUACUCAGGUUUAUCCUUAGGUCCACGAGGGCCCGGUUUAGCCAUCUAUUGACAGGUCAUGACAACAAGGUGAGAGCAUACCGAAUCAUUACUAGUGAUUAUUGUUUGAUGAAGAUGAGCGCUAUCAGAAGAAAGGUGAGGAGUGUAGUUGUGACCCGUUUCAGCUGCGGUAUGAAGAUUGGAGGAAGAUAAGGACCAGUGGCUACGCGUGACCAAAUUAGACAAACUGGAGAACCUAGUUUUCCGCACGACCAAAGAAGCUUAGAAAGAGCUUAGAAGCUCACAAUUUCCUCACCUUUAACCUAGUAUUUCGUCCUCGCGUGAAAGUGCUGCCAGGGGUUUGCAUUAAACUUAUUGUGCAUACAUUUACCUACUGAAAUUUAUGUCUUGCGUCCCUAUGAGUAAUUGAGAUUCUUCCCAGAUAUUUCGAUAUCAGAUUAAUAAAUUUAGGUUCUCAGAUCAUCUUCGAUUUUUCAAUAUUUGAUAGAAAUUUCACGCGCCUUACGAUUCAUUCUUUAGUCCGACAAGGCAUUUAUCUGUCCUAUGAAUACAGUUCAUUACAACGCAGUUCACCAUCUUUCAGUAAUUCUUUAAAAAAAAUCAAAGACAAAGGUAUGGUGCUAUGAUCACCCUGGUUUGUUUACAAAAAACACAUCAACAAUAUGGCCGACGAAAAGCUGUUUUAUCUGACCGCUAGAUGGCGCUUGCGUUACAGGAGGGCAAAAAAUGCAACUCACAUGACUCGUGAACCCCAAGAAUAUACAAUUCUUGUCUCUAAUGUCUAUUACUUGCUUUGAAGCAAUUCAGUUAGGUUACUCUAGAACAGUGGUCGCCAAAGUGUAGCAAAACAAGUUUAAAUGUUCAUUUCAAUGAAAAGAGUGGAACUCUUUUUGGCCAUCAAGUAUUUUCUUGAUGUUUGGAGAGUAUGUUGCAGCCGCCAUUCUGAUGCAGUUGUCCAAAUGUUCAUCACUCAGUCUAUUUCUAUAUUUGUUUUUUAUGAAUUUCAUACUUCAACAUACAACACAAGUAUGUAGAACUGAACAUAGCUUUCAAUCUCAAUGUAACUUCAACCUCAAUUGUAUACUUUUCUUUGGGGACUCAACGGCAGCCUGAUCUCCACCAAAAUAGAUUUUUAUAGUAAAAUUAGAGUCUUUCUCUAUUUAUUGUCGAGUCCUCCUUGUGUAGAUUUGUUGAAAGUAUCUUUAUUAUCACCAUUGUUUGGUUUUUUUUAUUUUCUCAAGUUUUCUAGACGUUAAAUAACAAAAAAUAUAUCAAAAAUUAAAUAUUAAUAAAUACGGAAAAUAGAUUAAAAACGACGUUAUUGCGGGAUCAACAGAAAUUUAUUUAAUGCUUGUACAUUUUGAUAUUUUCCUAAAAACUUCCAAAUAAAUCAAUUUAAUAUUCUUGUUAUCGAAAUAAUUCUAUAUUUUAUAGAUCGUUUAGAACGAAAUAAAUUAUAUAUUUAAAAAAUUAUAUAGUUAAUACAUAUAAAGCUAUUUUUUUGUUCCGAUUCUACAUCGUCCUUUUUCUAAAUUAUGUUUAGUUGUCAUUGGCCAAAACAAAAAGGAAUCAGGAUUUAGCUGUUGUUAAUUGAUAUUUGUGCCUUCUCUCGCGCCCAUAUGGGUCCAUUAUCAAUACGGUGAUAAAAACUAUUCAUAUUAUAUAAUCACGAAACAUACUCGUGUUUUGGCGAGUGGUAAUUGAAACUUCAAUUUAAAUCUAAUGGAAUUUCAUUUAAUAGAUAAUUUUAGUAAGCACUAUCGUCGACAAUCGUCCUCUAUACCAAUAAAUCCUCUUAUAUUUUUUAUUUAUUUAUCAAUUAUCCUAAAAAUUUUCCAUCCUUAAUGCUAUUUUUCCAUUAUGCGAUUAGUCUGCCUCUCCCUAUUAAGUUGUUUGUAUAAUCAAUCGUAUUUAUUACAUUUUCUUCCUAAUCAUUUGAUCAUUUUAUAAUUAUUUACUUUUAACCCUUCCAUCUUUCGUUCUAUUUGCAUAUUUAAUAAUAUUAAAUAAGAUUAUUGGAUAAUUGAAUAAUUUGAUUGGACUAAAUUUACAAAAACUUCAUAAAGUCAACUGGAAAACCAACCCUUUCAUCCCAAUAUUUAAUGAAAGGGUUUUUUCGUUUGGCACUGUAAAUAUAAUUUAAGUAAUAUUUUAUUUCCAGAUUGAUUGUAAUGCAAAAUGUAUAUUAAGUAGUAAUAAAAAUUAGUGGGUAUUACUGCACUAGUAACCGCUUUUACGGUAAGUUUCCAAGACAUGACGUAUUUUACAUCGUUGCCACGUUGCAAUAUUUUCCGUUGCUUAUUUAUAAGAAAAUAAGCUUACAUUGUAAAUGAAUUUUUUAUAUAUAUAAUCUUUAACAAAAAUCUGUGGGACUGUUGCAAUCAAACACUAAAGUGUACUCUUUUUAAUAUGUAUUCCAAGCUUUCGAAUAAGUACGUAUUUAUCAUCAGGGAAUUAAUUAAAAAAAAGAACCUUCAAAAUGACAAUUAGACAUAAGGUAAAUGUGCCAAUAGUCGACACUUUGAGGAUUUAACUUUUACAAUUUGUCUGUAAAUCAUAAUAAAACAGAAUAUAAAUUAUGUCGUCUAUUACUUUGAGCGCAUUAACUAUUGAUGGAUGUUUUAAUUUUUUUUAUCAAAGUAUGCAAAUGUCAUAAAUGUCGACAUACAAAUUUCAGUGGAGCAUGUGGAGCUUUUCCUACAAUUAGAUCAAAUGAAAUUUUAGAUAAUAUAUCAUUUUCUUUUGAAACAAAUGUUUUUUUUUUCUCAUCGGUACUUUUUAGUCCCAUUAUUUUAAUCUCAUUUGAUGAAAACAAUUUUUUAGAUUUCUUCCUCAUCCUCACAUUCAGCUUCCCAUCGAGAUUCGUCAGAUUUCCUAAAUGACAUUUGGUCAUUAGAAUCACUAUCAUUUUCAUCAACUUCGCUUCUUUAAUUUUUUGCUUUAAAUUUUUCAGUAGCUCUUUCUUUUCUUUCAAUUUCUUUCAUUCUUCCUUUAAUAUUUGCGCUUCUUUAUUUCUUUCUUUUUGUUUACACCAUCAACCUUUCCUGGUUUUGUGUUUGGGAAAAAUGCUGUUUUUUUAGUGUGUCGACAAUUGGAGACUGUCGGAAAUUGGUACAUUUACUUUAGGUCUCCCUUUUAACCAUAUCUAAUUGUCAUUUUGAUGGUUGUUAUAAUUAGUUAUUUGAAAGCUUGAAAUACAUAUUAAAAAGAGUUCCAUGGCAACAGUCUCGUAAUAAUAACGUUUAUAAAUUAGUUGGAAAAGACUUCAGUGCUACACACUGACCAUCUAGGCGUGGUAAUACUUUUCUUCCACUCUUUCCCAUUUCUUGUAUUCGCCUUUCAGUGUCGAACUCCUUCCCCCAUUAGAUCUCUUGUACCUCCGCAUCUCUUCUUCUAGACCUAAUAAUUUUACGAAUUUCUUGUUCAUGUAUAUCCUUCUAAGUAAUUUCCUCUUCCAUAUAUAUAAUUCGUUGUCUUCUAUCUAAACGGGAAGGAAUGUCCCACUAUUAUAGUGACUACAAUCGAUCCAGAUACCUCGUAUAGAUUGCGCAUGCUUGAGGAAUACCUCGUACAGGUUGCGCAUGCUUGAGAAUUACUCGUACAGGUUGAGAAUGCGCAGAACAGAGCUGGAACCUCAGGAUAGAGAAAUCGUUGCCAUUCUGUCUUCCUUAGUUGAAACAGCUUCCAUUUAUAGAAACUUUCCAUAUAGGAGUAUCACAUAUAUGUGAAAAAUAAGUACACAAGAAAUUUUACCACAAUAAUCUGAUUUUGAUAACAAUAAAUUCUGCCACGCCGAGGCCCGAUACCACACGGCUGCCAACGUUUAAUAUUUAUUUUUCCCUAAUACACGAGUAUUGCUUUUAUUUACACUUUCCAUAUUUAGUAGUUGUUAUUGUCAAAUUUGAAAACUUUACGUAAGAGCUCUUUAAAUAUAUUUAUUUCUUGUAGAAAUAGUUAUUUUCAUUUAGUUUAUAUAUUGAUAAUUUUCAGGCAAAAGUUAAUAAACAUGGAAAUAUAAGUUAGAAUAAUUUUUUUAAGGUAUAAUCUGAUUUGUUUGCCAGAAACUGCCGAUUGAUUAAAAGAUCCUAUCUAUAAUAUAAAGAUGGUUAGUUUCAUACUAUAUUUAAAGUAAUUCUAUAAAUUUUUAAUAUUAAUAUUUUCUUUUCAUUAAGUGUAUUAAUACAAAUUUAGUCCAAUCUCUAUGUAACUUUGUUAAAUUCUGUAUUUUGUCAUUAAUUUCGAUUUUAAAUAUGUUCUUGUUUCUUCAAACUUUAUUGACUGAAAAAUAUCAGAAGUCAUUAAAUAUUUUUUGGAAA